UUUUUAGACAACUUUGGCUGGAAGUCAGUGUGGGGUACCCUAAAAACAACAUGGGGAUUGUAUUUUGGAUGUUUUCUCUUCUGGCUCUUCCACUACUUCAGUCUGCCAAGAUCCUGACUGUCUGUCUAAUUGGAGGAAGCCAUUACUUAUUAUUAGAUGAAAUUUCUCACAACUUACGUCAGCAUGGCCAUGAGGUCCGCAUGCUGUUGCAACUUGGCAACCCUGUCAUUACAGGUUUCUCCUAUGUCGGACGAGCAGACAGUUAUCAGACGAGCACUUGGUCCUUAGGAGAGGAAUAUAUCAAAGAAUACAAUGGCUGGUUCCUGCAGCAGCAGACACAGUUUUUCUUGGGAAGGGAUACUUUUAGUAACUUUCUUAACUUCAUGAGCCACCUGUCCUAUCAAUGUGACAAACUCUUAGGGGACAAAGAGAUUCUAACUUUCUUAAAGGGGGAGCGCUAUGACAUCGCCAUCCUUGAUGCUUUUAACCCCUGCUCCUUCAUCCUGGCUCGCAAACUUGGUAUAAACUACAUAGCUUUCUAUCCUGGAACACUGAAUGGUCCUCUGUCCAUUGCUCUUCCAAGUCCAGUCUCCUACAUCCCUGUCUUCAGCUCCCAGCUGUCUGACCACAUGAACCUCUGGGGUCGGGCUAAAAACUUAUUUUAUUCAUGCCUGGCCCCUGUAGGUCAGGCAUGUGUUUGGGCUGCAUUUAAGGAAGUAGCUGAGCGCCACCUCCAGUCCAGCUCACCCCCUGGUGGUCUAGAAGAGUUACAUCAAGGAGCUGAACUCUGGGCCUUCAACACUGACUUUUCAUUGGAGUUCCCGCAGCCACUGAUGCCCUAUACUGUGCUAGUGGGUGGUCUGCUAAAUAAACCUGCAAAGCCACCUGAACAGGAUCUUGCACUGUGGAUCUCUGCUUUUGGAGAGGCAGGUGUCAUUGUUGUCACUCUGGGAUCAAUGGUGUCUUCAGUCUCUGUGGACCCCCUGCUUGAGGAGCUAGUGGAGGGCUUCUCAAGGAUCCCACAGGGUGUGCUCUGGAGGUAUGACCAAAAGAGAUGGCCAGCUCAGCUGGACAGACCUGCAAACGUCCGGCUGGUAAACUGGCUGCCUCUCAAUGACCUCCUGGGACACGAAAAAACACUUCUGUUUAUUACCCAUGGUGGGCAGAACAGCCUGCUCCAGGCAGUGUACCAUGCUGUCCCUGUGCUGGCAAUCCCUCUGUUUGGGGACCAGUUUGAUAAUGUUGUGAGGGCUGAAACAAAGGGACUUGGCCUCACCAUCAACCCCACACACGUCACCAGAGAACUGCUAAGUGCCACUAUUCAGACACUAAUACAAGACAAAAGGUUCAAGUCUUCAGCUUCAUCCCUGAGCAGGAUCCACAGAUCCCAUCCUGUCCCUCCAGCCCUCCGAUUGGUCCAGUGGGUGGAGCACAUCCUGCACACCGGAGGUGGAAAACAUCUAAGGCCAGCUUCCCUGGAGCAGCCCUGGUACCAGAGAUAUCUGUUGGACUUGAUGCUUCUUCUCUGCCUGGGGCUUCUUGGACCAGUAGUUUUCUGCUGGACUCUGUUUAGGAACAAGAAUAGUAGGGAUAAAUGCAAAAAGAUACAAUGAAAGUGCUAAUUAUUUUGUUUUCACUUCACCUCAGAUCCAUAACUCAGUUCUAUUCAUCUUCUACUUGUUCUGUUCUUUACCCCUAAAUUGAAAAGUAUAGGUCUUGCCACUCUAAAAACUGCAAUGUUCAAUAAAUAAACUACAUGCACUAUAACUGAUUCAUAAACAAAAUAAGUGAUUACAGGAUGGCAAGUGUAAAGGAAGAUCAAAACUUGCUCUUUUGGGAAAAAUAUGAAUGUAAACAAAGACUCAAAACUGUGUUCAAGUCAUUCAUGUAUUUAGGCUUUUCAUCACUUUUAGGUUCAGCUUUUCUUAUUUUUGGGGGAUGGGGACAAAAAGAACUCAGUAACCCUCUGUGGUGCAUACUAAUGUUUCCUAGCAUUACAAUGUUAUAAAAGCAUUUAGCGCAGUAGCAUCUUGGUUCUCCCACUUAGUGGUGUGCUUCAAGUUUCUACAUAAAAGUUUGCAUUUUUGCUGGCUAGCGAUGCUUCUGCAUGUGCAUUGCCAAUGGAUCACGGAAUUUGGAGAAUCUGGAUUGCUGUUUUUGACAGUUUAGAGAGGUGCAUAUUUCCUGCAAUUGCUCACAGUUUCCCAGAGCAAAGUUUGUUGCUAAAUUUGUUAUGAUUUUGAAACUUAAUCCAUACACUCUUCACUUUUUUCAUGAAUGAAAUUUGACCCCGGAGGUUGUCAGUCAUAUAUCAAACUUGCAAUACAUACUAUUUGAUGCUUUACAGACUUCAAAGAUGUUUUGUAGAAUAUCCCUUUUUCUGUCAAAACUAAUUCUGCAACAUAAUGCAAAGAGAAUUAAACAUCAAAAGAAUAUUGGUCUUCAUUCUUAAGGUGAAAAAAAAACAGUUAACAAUAACACUGUUGCUCCACUUUGCUUUUCAUGCAGAGUGCUUUGUGUGUUCCACUCUGUGUUCACAGAGUAACAUAAGUGGAGUAGCCCUCAUGCCAAGUGCCCUGCCCUCCACCCUCCAAGCGCCACCGUGUCUCCCAGACGUCUAAUUUGUACCACAGCGCCACAUUGUCCGACACCUCUGUGCUGCUUUGACCUGGCUGUGCUGCAAGCAGGGGUGUUAGACAGAACGCACGCAAACACGCACUCCCCAACUAGGCUUCUUUUGUGCUGUUGCAUAUUUCCAGGUGGCAGCAGGCCAUGUUAGGGUAGAUGAAUGGAUGAUGAGAAUGUUUUGCUUUUGGCUGCUUUGCUCGUCUGGAUUGGUUGUGUUUAACACUCAGUAAAUGCACCUAAAUUCUCUCAAAUGUUCAAGGUUCCUCCCUUCACAUGAGUGCACAUGUGUGUGUUUUGGGCAGGGUUAUGGUCUACUGGCUCUUCAGUUAUUAACCACCAGCACCACCUGCAAGUCUCAACCCUGACCUCCACUCCCUCCUCUGCUGGUUGCCACUGAGUCUCCUUCCCUUUUCUAAACAAGACACAAAAGCACACAGCAAUGUUCACGGUCAGCGCUCCAGCCGCUGUUGAGAGGAGAACAGACCUUAGUGGACCCCCCUACUCCCCUCCCCCUUUCCUCACAUCUGUGUUGGGGGUUAGCAGGGAGGAAAAUAUAGAUUAGCAAGGAAAUAAUGACCAAUUAGGAUGCCUUGUUCUCUGUCUAUUCAGCUGUCCAUUCCUUCCCUGAUAUUUCAUUUGUCUGUUUGUCUGGCAGUUGCAGGUGCCAGUGAGUCUUCCUCAGUCUCUCACGCAAUCCAAAAAAGACAGGGCGACACAGCUAAAGCAUGACAGCGGAAAGAUAUAAACAGACUUUAAUUAAUGAAACAAAUGAGGAAUACACUUAUUUAAAAUUGAACACAGGAAGGAACACAUAAUACAAAGAAAGCAGAAAGAAACAAUGGAAAUAAAUCCUUACAGAACACAAUAAAAAGGCAAUUUUAGCACAAUUUAACAUUCAUUAUUUUUUAUUUCAACCAAAGAACUUGCAGUACAAAAACGCUAAAUUGCAGGUAUUCUGCAGUGACAAGAUAAACGUCCAAAAAUAAAACAUAAUCAUGGCAAUGUCAUUUACAUGGAAGUUAAAACUGGCCAAGUGGAGGUAAUGCUAAUGCUGUAGAAGUUUUGUUCUUCAGACACUGAAAGUUAAUGUGCUCUUCUGAAGUUGAUUGUGGAAAACUAGGAAAAGGAUGUUGAAGAUGGUUGUUUAGGUUUAUAUACAGUUAAGAC